UGGUUCAAGGAGAUUCCUGUUUCACUUUGACACAUUCAGACAGUUUAAAGGCAGAAAUGGAAGCAGGUGUUUCCUCAGUCUUAUCUCUGAACUUUGUCUUGAGGAGCAAGGGGAGGUAUCAGCGGAUUAUUUUCAGACAGAAGCAGCUGGUACUUUAAGGUUUGGUCGUCGUUUGCUCGUCUGCUGCCGUCAUGUUUGUCCAUGUAGUGACUCUUUUGUGUGUGUUGGGAGCUCAGGCCGUAGAGCUGCACAGAGUCGGCCACACCACAUCCACAGUUGCUCGUCCCGCUCCCGUCGUCCAGUGCGUGUGCUCCAGCGUCCCCAACCAGACCCUGUGCUCGUGGGCGGAGCCUCCACAAGCCACGCCCCUGCAUUACAUCGCCACGUACAGUGAGAGGCAGAGGCAGGCAGAGACCCGACCGUGUGUCCUCAUCCCCCCUGGAGACCCCCACUCGCAACUCAACGUCACCCUGCCGCCCUCUGCUCGCGAGCUGUGGCACUGUCACCUGCCCGAGAUGAAGCUGCUCACAGAUUACAUCAUGAACGUGACGGCGGUUUAUCCAGGAGGCAGCAGCUCUCACCUCUCCACCUUCAUGAUGGAGGACAUCGUGAAGCCGGACCCUCCAGAGUCCGUGCAGGUGUCAUGUCUGAACCCCGGGACCGUGCUGGUGCAGUGGGAGCCCCCGUCCACCUGGGCUCACAGGGACAUCUUCCCCCUGAAGUACGAGCUGCUGUACCAGUGGAGGAGCAGAGGACAGAUCAGGUCCAACCAUGUAAGAACAAGACAUACUUUUACUACUACUUAUACUACUACUUACUCUAUUUACCACCAUGCACUACUACUUAUAGUACUGCUUAUACUGAUACUGCAACUACUACUGAAAUUUUCUCUUUAGUUUACAACUAUUAUC